UGCAAGUCAAAAUUUGAGCGACUAUUAAAAAUUUUUUCAAUUUCAAAAUGGAAAAUUAAAGACAUUACAAAAUUUUAAUAUUAAUUGUUAACGCAAAUUGAAUUAAGAUUGCAUUUUUUCCGGACAUAAAAAUUAUCACCUUCUUAGAGGUACAAGAAUUACUAACUUCACAAUUUACAUAGAUAGUAAAAUUCUUUUACCGUAACAACAAUUAGAUACUAUUGCAAUCUUUUCAAAUUGAAUAUCUAAAUUAGUUAGAUCAAGCCGGUAUUCAGAUUAGUAUCCACCAAAAAUGCACUAAAUACAGUGAACUUUUUGGUAACAAUUGAUACACACAAUAAUGUUUCACACGCUUUUACUUGUAAAAUUUUUAAAAAUUUUUAGAAUUUUAUUUUUUAUUGAAUAAAACACAUUUGUAUUACGAAUAAUUAAAAUUUUAUUAAUAUUUUUCAGCAAACGUCAAGAAGUUCAUGAAAAUUCUCAACAAAAUAACAGUAAAUAUAAACAGGUACAAGUAAUUUCUUCUAUCUUUGUUAUCAACAACUAAAAAGAAAUCAACAACCUUCUUGUACGCAGCAACGUACUUUUGUCAAGUAAAAAAAAAAAAAAUGCAAUAAAAGAACAACAUAACUUAUAAAUAAUUACGUUCGAUUUAUCGUCCAAAUUAGUAAAGAUAUCGUCUUAAUUAAAAAGUAGAUAAAAUUUAGUUUUUAUUAAUGAAAAAGAAAAAUAUUCGAAAUUAUAAAAAUUAAAAGAAAAACAUUUUAAUAAGCAACAAUAUUUUAAGAAUAAAGUCACGUCAAAUUAUAAAUAUAAAUAUUUAAAUUAUUAUUCAAAAAAAAUUAUUUUAAUGUCGAAGAAUUUUUAAGAUUAAAUCAGAUAUUGUUAAGCACAAAAUUUUUUAAUUUCAAUAAGAAUUUUAGAAGAGAAAACUUUCUUCCAUAAUAUUUACUUGAUUAUAAUUUUUUAUUUUUUUUUCCAUUUUUAUUUAAUAUUUCUCCGGAUAUUUAAUUGAAAUAUCGCAUAUGUUUACUAACAUAAAAUAAUAUCGUUCAAGAACAAUAUCCUCAGUUUCCAGCAUAAAAACUAAAUAUAAUUGGAAUUAAAUUAAUUACAUAAGUAAACAUUAAAGUAAUUAACACAUGAAUUAAGAUUGAAAUUACAUAAAUAUUGUUUUUUGAAGAAGAAAUUUAUUACUGAAAAGGAAGCCAUCUUUUAUAAAUACAAAAUAUUUUAAAGUCAUCAAAAUUUAAUAAAAUUGUUUGUACUAUAAUAAAAUAUAUAAAGAUAUUUUUUUUAAAAUGGGCAAACAAAAUAGUAAGCUGAAACCAGAGGUUUUAGAAGAUUUAAAACAAAAUACAGAAUUUACAGAUGCUGAAAUUCAAGAAUGGUAUAAAGGAUUUUUAAAAGAUUGUCCAAGUGGUCAUUUAUCGGUAGAAGAAUUUAAGAAAAUUUAUGGAAAUUUCUUCCCUUAUGGUGAUGCUAGCAAGUUUGCUGAACAUGUAUUCCGAACAUUUGAUGCUAAUGGUGAUGGUACUAUAGAUUUUCGGGAAUUUUUGUGUGCUCUUAGUGUAACUUCACGUGGUAAAUUAGAACAAAAGUUGAAAUGGGCUUUUUCAAUGUAUGAUUUAGAUGGGAAUGGUUAUAUAUCAAGGCAAGAAAUGUUAGAAAUUGUAACUGCAAUUUAUAAAAUGGUUGGAUCCGUUAUGAAAAUGCCAGAAGAUGAAAGUACGCCAGAAAAACGAACUGAUAAAAUAUUUCGACAAAUGGAUCGCAACAAAGAUGGUAAAUUAAGUUUGGAAGAAUUUAUUGAAGGUGCUAAGAGUGAUCCAUCAAUUGUACGAUUAUUACAAUGCGAUCCGCAGGCGCAGUGAAUAAUUAAUUUAAUAAUAAUUAAAUUUAAAACCAUAAGAACUAUUAAAUUUCUACAAAAAUUUUUUAUUUGAAAUAAAUACAUGAUUUAAUUUUUAAUGCUAAUUAAUUUUUUUUUUUAAUUUCUUUAUGUAAUUUUGUUUUAUUUUAUGAAAACUUAUUGUUUUUCAAUAAUAAUUUAGAAUGUGUAAAAUGUUUAUACAAAACACAAUACUUAUUUACUUUUUGAAUUAUUAAUGCUAAAAAUUAAAUUAAAUUUUUAUUUUUUUUUAAAUAAUUCUUUUUUAUUUUUUAAUUAUAAAAUUAAAUUGUAAUAGUAAAGACAGUAAAUUGUUCUUAUAAAUAUUUUUAUUUCACAAUAAAUAUUUAUUAUUGAAUAAAAAUUUUUUUUGUAUUAUCGCUAUUUAUUUGUAAUAAGUCCGAAAAACAAAAUAUUUAUGUUUAAUAUUUUUAAAAACUAAAAUUAUUGGUUUGAUAUAUUAUAUCCAUUGAAUGUUAUAGUAAUUGUAAUAAAGAAAAUAUUUCAUUAAAUUACUCUUACUUUUUUGAAAGCAAAGUCCUAAAUUAAAUUUAAAUUAUCUUUUGUAAUAGAAUUUAAAGUUAAUUUUAAAAGCAAAUCCGCAAUUUUUUUUUAAUUUUUUAUUAAAUCUCUAUUGAAAAACUAUAUAGAUAUUUUCAAUAUAUGAAAUUUAAUGAAAAAUUCCUAAAAAUUAAAAACUGGAAAUUAAUUAAAAUUAUUUUGAAUUAAAAUGUCAUUUCUUGUAAAUGCAAUCAAAUGAAAUUAUUCGAAUUUUAUUGAAUUUCAAUUUCUGUUUUAUAAUUGGAAUGAGUGAUACUAAAGGACAUGCUGUCUUCACUAAAAUAAUGCACGUACUUAAUCGGUUAUAACGAAAAUAAAAAGAAAUAACUAUGUAUUAUAUAUCAAAUUAAUCUUUUUGUUUAAAUUUUUAUGCGUUUGAGUUCCAUAAUUAAAUAAAUUAAUGAAGCACAGCAUAAAUAUUAUAAUUAAAAAAAAAACAAACUAAUUACUUCUAUAUUACAAUAAAUUACAUUAUAUAAUAAAUAAAGUAUAAAGUUAACACAUACAUUAAUUAUACAAUACAUACAAUAAUAAUGCAAAAAAAUAACACACAUUUUUAAUAAAAAAAAAUAUAAUAUGCUAUAUAUAAAAGAUAAUUAAUAAAAUUUUUAUAAACUAUUAUUUCUAUUUUAUGUAAAUGCAUUUUAUUACGAUUUGUCACAUAAAAUCCGCAGUAGUUAGCAAUAAAAUUGCAUUUUGUUAAGUUUUUUUUUUUUCAUCAUUUAAUUUUUAAUUAUUUUUAUUAUUGCAUAAUUUUUUUUUUAAUAUGUAUAGUUAUGAUAGUCUUUUAUGUAAAGACAGUUUUCGGACUAAGAAAUUUUAUAUUGUUUUGAAACGAUUAGGAAAUUAUCUUCACCUAAUCUUAUUUUACUAUAAAAAUUUUUAUUAGAAUUUUUAUGAAACAAUUA